AUGAGUGACGAUUUGUCCGCGUUUUUCGCCAAGAAAAAAGACAAAAAGAAGAAGGCGGCGGUGAAAAUCGAAGAUGUGGGUCAAGCAUUGGAGCGAAGAGCAAAACGACAAGAAGAGUAUGAGCAAGAGCAAGAUGAGCAUCAUCAUAUCGAGAAUAAUCAGAAGAGGAAUAAUGCGGGAGAUGAUGACAAGAAUGCGAAUGCUGAAGAAAGUGAAUGGAUUGAAUACGGGGAUAAUUAUCAAGGAAGAUUGGAAGGGUUGAAAAUCAAAGAUAUGGGUUUGGAGAAUGAUGAUGCUCAAGCGGAUAAUAAUGAACCAGAGGAUAGUGAGGUUCACGAGACAAAAACUUGGGGACAAAUCAAUUCGGUAAGUAGAGAUUGUUGUGGAAAAACUGCUUGAAUAUAUAGGAGUUAUGAUGUGGCAAAACCUUCAAGAUGAUUUUCAUGAAAAUCUGAUAGCACAGCGUUGUUCAGAAGACUUGAUUACAUAACUUCACCAGGUUUUUCGAAUUUUCGUACAGUAUGAGAGGUUAAGCUUGAAAAAUCUCGGAAGUUCAUUCAAAAAUUCGAAAUUUUUAAAAAUCAACCUUUUCCACUGUAUGAAAAUUGUUAAAAUUCGAAAAAUCUGGUGAAGUUAUGCAAUCAAGCCUCCUGAACAACACUGUGCUAUCAGAUUCUUAUGAAAAGUCUUGUGAAGUCACGAUUUGUCGAAAUUUGCCACGUCAUGACUCAUUUUGAGAGUUGAAUUCUGUAAUUUCUUGUAAUCGGUCUCAAAACAUAAAUUUUUGCAGGAAAAGAAGGCAACAGAAGAACCAGAACGUGCUGUUACAAUAACUGACAAACAAAUGGCGGCCGCUUAUAAACCACCAAUUCCAGGAUCCAGAAGAGGACCCGGUGGAUUGCGUCAACAAACCGCCAAUUUCGACGUCUCAAAUGAUCAAUUAUUCCCCUCAUUGGCCGAUGCUAGCAAAAUUGAAAAGAGCAAAAAAGAUGAUGUGAAAGCGAAUAAUGGUUGGGUUAAGGCUGGAGGAUCGAAUGAGAAUCGAGGAGUUCGAGGAUAUACUGUGACAACUGGAAGUGGAAGAGAAAGUGCAUUGGCGGCUGUUAAGGUGAGUGAAAUUCAAGAUUUAUUCGAUCGAUUUCCAAUGAAAAACACAUGUUUCUGACCUAUAAUUUGAAAAUCACUGCUUCAAUCGUAAAUUUGACCUGGAAAUCAAUUUUUGACCUGAAAAAUCUGAAAUUUUAACUCAAAAGUUCAUUUUCAGGUUAGAAAAUCAGAUUUUUUUCAAUUUUUGGCCCUGGAAUCCAAGACAGGAAAUUUGGACCUUUUUUUAUGAAAAAUCCAUUUCUAGCCCAAAAAUUGAGGGAAAUCUGAUUUUCGGCCUGAAAUUAAGUUUGAGAACUCAAAUUUGACCUGAAAUUAAAGUUUUUUGGCUCGAAAUUAGGUUAUAGUACAUGAUAGCUCAAAUUUGAUCUGAAAUUAAAUUUGAAUUUUUCUGAACAUGAAAGCAACUGCUUCUUAAAUUCAAAGCCGAAAAUUUAAAUAUGUGCCAAAAAUCGGCCCUGAAACGUAAAAAAUUUUGACCUUAAAAUUGACCUGAAAUAAAAUCUGGAAAUUUUUUCAGAACAUGAAUGCCACUGCUCCUGCACCAGUCCGUCAACCAAUUCAAAUCAAUCCACCAUCAAAUCCUCCUGCUCCAACUCCAACACCAGCUCCAAAAGUCACCGCUGCCGCACCAACUCCAGUUUCAACUGCUCCAGCUGCUGGUUCCUACUUGCCACCACAUUUAAGAAAAAAAUAA